AUGGAGUCUAAGAAAGCUGAAGUCACUACUUCCAACGGUCCAGCGAUGGACGCGGAGGGUGCCAAACACUCCCAUGGAUACGACGACGCCAUGGAUGUCUUUGGCGGGGAGAAUGGAGAGACUACCGUCGAAUUUACAGACAAGGAGGCUUCCCGCGUCCGCUGGAAGAUUGACCUGAUCAUUGUCCCAAUGAUGACUGUGAGCUAUAUCCUUUCUUUUAUCGACAAAGGCAUUCUCUCCACUGCCGCCGUGUAUGGAAUGAGGUCCGAUCUGAACCUGAAGGGGCAGCAAUAUAGCUGGACAUCGUCGAUCUUUUAUUUCGGGUACCUUUUAUGGCAAUAUCCGAACUCGAUUUUCAUGCAAAAGCUUCCCAUUGGCAGGUGGAUAGGAUCAAUGAUAUUCAUGUGGGGGCUCACUGUCGCGACGCAUGCCGCGUCAACCAAUUUUGCUACCCUUGCCGUGAAUCGAUUUUUUCUAGGCCUCUUCGAGGCUUCCAACAAUCCGGCAUUCACCCUCCUGGUGAGCCAGUACUUUACCAAAAACGAGCACGCUCUUCGUUCAUGCAUAUGGUGGGCUGGAGGGCCCAUUGGUGCGUUCAUUGGUGAUGGUGUUUCGAACGGUAUUGGGCAUUUACAUGGGAAGCUGGGGCAAUGGCAGGUGCUUCAUAACCAUGCCGGUCUUCAAAAUCGCCAGUAUAAGCUUUAUCAAGCAAAGGAAGCCCUCCGGGAUCCCCAAGCGUGGAUGUUGUUUUCUAUUGUAUUUUUACAAUGUAUACCUGGAGGUGGGUUGAACGCAUUCAACAAGAUCAUCCUUACCGGCCUCGGCUUCUCCAGCGUGGAGUCCACCGUCGUCGCCAUGCCCGAACAUGCUGUCCAACUUGUCAGCGUGCUGCUUUCGGGUAUCGUGUGUUCGUGGCUUGGUAAAGGACGAUGCGUUGCUAUGAUACUCAGCAACGUGUGUGUCCUCGUGGGGAGUGUUUUACUUUACACCUUACCAACAGACCGCAAAAUGUCUCGUCUAGGUGCAGUAUAUGCGCUGCUUACCUGUACGGUGUCAUAUAUUAUGUGCAUGUCUCUUAUAUCUUCAAACAUUGCUGGCUUUACGAAGAAAAUGACAGUCAGUGUUAUGGUCUUCGUCGGCUACUGCAUAGGCCAGAUUAUCACACCCCAAUUCUUCAUUACGAAAGAAUCACCGCAUUUCCCAACUGGUUUCCGUGCAUACUUCGUCACUUCAUCCAUGAUGAUUGCUGUGGAAGCGGCUCUGAUGUUCUAUUUGCUCAACGAGAACAGGCGUCGGGAUAAACGUGCAGUCGAGGCGAAUGUCUCGCAGGAGGGCAACGAGCAUCGUAUCCUGGAGACAGACCUAAUGGAUCUGACUGAUUGGGAGCGGGCUGAGUUCAGAUAUGCCUGGUAG